CAGGCUACAGUAAUAUACGAUAUGCCAAGCACGUUAGACAAAAGACGUUCUUCUAACGUUUUACACGGCUUGCACAGUAGAACAUUGUGUUAACAUAUUUUUAUUAUUAUUAUUGCUGUUUUAUUUUUAAUGUUUGAAUUGAUUUAUUAUUAAACAUUUUGUGGAAAAUUUAAUCAAAUUUUUAUUGAAAGGUUACCACCAACUUUCGCAUCCCGAACGGAUAACUUUACUCGUUAGUUUUGUUUAUAAUUAAAUAAGUAAAUAAUUUAAAUUUGUAGUUGUUUUGCCAUCGAUACAUUAUUAUUGUGAUAGAAUUGUAUGUUUUCGUCGUCACAUUUGAGCGUCUUUGUAACUUUUUCGUCGACGAAUAGAACCAUGAAUGCGACAAGGUCUUGGUUAACAUUAUGUCUAUGCUUCGCUUUGGGUACAACAGGAUCGGGCGUAUUGUGUAAUACUUUAUUCAAAAAACGACAAACUGGACCAUGUUCAAAAGACAAUAUGUUCAGCUGCACAAAUGGGCAGUGUAUUGAUUUAUUAUCAAUUUGUGAUGGACUUGCAGAUUGUUCAGAUAAGUCAGAUGAGACUCAAAGUUUAUGUGCUCCAUUGAAUGUAACAUGUCCAAGUCCUAUGUUUCGUUGUAAUUACGGGGCUUGUAUAAGCAAAAAAGCAAAAUGUAAUGGUAAAAAUGACUGUAUCGAUGGUUCCGAUGAAAACUUACCUGAAUGUGAAACGCUUGUCUUAAAAAUGUUUUCAAAUCUGUCACAAACUCAACUAACUCGAGUAACCAGACAGUCUACGAGUAGAUGUGAAGAAACUGUGGAAUAUAGCUGUAAAUCUGGCGAAUGCAUAGAUAUAAUAUCCAUUUGUGAUGGAAUUUCAGAUUGCAAUGAUAAAUCUGAUGAAACAUCGGAAUUGUGUAAAUCAAAAGUAGUCGUAUGUCCAAAGAAUAUGUUCAAAUGUAAAUAUGGUGCCUGUAUAAGUAAACAUAAAAAAUGCGAUGGUUCCCAAGAUUGUAUUGACGGUUCUGAUGAAGACUGUGGUUCCAUUGAAGAUCACAAAACUACGACCUCGUCUACUCCAAUUGAAGGCACCGGUGCAAUAACCAGGACAUGUGUGAUACCAAAUAUUGAAGGUACUGUGUAUUCAUUAAACCGAAAUAAAUUUGGCCAUGAUCUUAUUUUAUCACCUGGGACUUACAUUGAUAUGAAUACCGUAAUCGAGGAGAACUGCAAUGAAGGAUACUAUAAAACGUAUCCUCAAAGAAUUAAAAUUUGUAAUAAUGAUGGAAAUUUGAUACCAGAUCAGGAUAAAUUAUGUUUGAAAAAAUGUCCACCUAUGAUUUCGGAUAGCUUAGAUUUGGAUUGUGUUUUUAACGGUAAAAGAGAAAAUUGUUCAAACCCAUCAGUACCGGGUACUAUAUUAACACCAAAAUGUAAAGUUACGCACACUGUACCAAAUGGACAAAUAGAGACUCCAAUCAAAUUACGUUGUCAACAAGAUGGGAAUUGGAGUGAUCGACUUUAUACGUGUAUUCCAUAUUGUGGCCGGCCAUAUUCCCCAAUCGAACCAUUGAUUUUAGAGGGUGUUAAAGCUGAUUAUGGAUCAGCACCUUGGCAUGUCGCAGUAUAUCGAAAAAACAAUAAAAAUAGUUUUGACUUAAUAUGUGGAGGAUCACUGAUUGCUUCAAAUUUAGUUGUGUCUGCUGCCCAUUGUUUUUGGAAUAAAGAGAUGACAAAUAGAAUAAUUAUAAACAAUGGUACUUAUAAAAUUGCUGUUGGAAAGUAUAAGAGAGACAUUGCAAUCAAGGACAAUGCAUUUACUCAGAUUGUUGAUGUUGGAUUGAUUUAUUUGAAGGAGGGCUAUUAUGGUGUGUCCGAAUAUUAUGCUGAAGAUUUAGCCAUUCUUGUGCUACCAAUCAAAAUUACGAUGAGCAAUGUAGUUUCGACUGUUUGCGUUGACUGGUCUAAAAAAUAUUCCAUUUCAAACGGAUCUUUUGGACAAGUUGUAGGCUGGGGACAAACAGAAAAAAUGGAAGAAAGUUCAGUUUUAUUAAAAGCUGACUUACCAUAUAUUGAUCGUAAGACGUGUCGGAAUAUGUAUGAAAGAACUCAAAGCUCAUUUAUACACUUUAUACACUUUAUUACUUCUGAUAAAUUCUGUGCUGGUAAUAAAACUGAAAUGAGUAUUUUGUGUGAUAGAAAACUCGAAAAACGACAAACCAUAUUUUAUUGCCCAGGUGUAACUGAAUAUGGGUGUGGAUCUGGCCAGUGCGUUGAUGUCUCAAAUACUUGUAAUGGAAUAAGAGAUUGCAGUGAUGGAUCUGACGAAACACUACUUUUAUGUGAAACAGUCAUGUGUCCACAGUAUACAUUCAAGUGCAAAUAUGGCGCUUGUAUAAGUAAUAAUUAUUUAUGUGAUGGCUUCGAACAGUGUGUUGAUGGUUCUGAUGAAGAAGAUUGUUCCAACUCUACAUCAAUAUCAAAAUUUACGAGUGAAAUAUCUAAAAAAAAUGACACAACAAAACCAAUAAAGCAGUCUUACAUUAAAAAAACUUGUAUGAUACCGGCAAUUGAGGGUACAAAAUAUUUCUAUAAAGAUUGGAACCAAAAUGUUUCUCUAUCUCAUGGUACUGCAGUUGAACAAUAUCGCAUAGUUGAGGAGGACUGUGAAGCUGGGUAUUACAAAGUUGUUCCUUAUAGAUUUAUGGUGUGCUCAGAAUCCGGACAAUGGAGACCAUUUGUAACUGAUGAAUUAUGUUUGAAAAUGUGUCCACCUAUGGAAUCAGAUAGUAUAGAUUUUGAAUGUACAUUCGAGGGUAAAUAUAUUAGUUGUUUAAAUGCAGUAUCUGGCACUAUAUUGUAUCAAACAUGUAAAGCCACUCAUACAUUAUCAAGCAAACAAGAAAAACUCUCAAAUCAAUUACUUUGCCUGGAAGAUGCAACGUGGAGUGAUGAUGAUCUAUAUACGUGUAUUCCAUCUUGUGGUCAGUUAUAUACUCCGAGCGAUGAGAAAAUAGAAUAUGGAACAGUGCCUUGGAAUGUUGCAUUAUAUCAACGAAAUUACAGUCACCAUGACGAAUAUUAUGAAUUAAUAUGCAGCGGAACAUUAAUUACAGCAAAUUUAGUUGUUACUGCUGCUCGAUGUUAUUGGGAAGAAGGAAAUACUGAUAGAAUAUUGACGAAUAAAUAUAAUACUUAUAAAAUUGCCGUUGGAAAGUACACUAGUGAUAUUUCUAUAAAAGACAACAAUUUUACUCAGAUUAUCGAUGUGUAUUUAAUUUAUCUAAAAGAGAGUUAUUAUGGGUUUUCUGGGUAUUAUGUCGACGAUUUAGCUAUUAUUGUAUUACGUACUCAAGUUACGAUCAGCGACUUUGUUUUGCCAGUUUGUAUCGAUUGGUCCAAUCAAUACACUGUUACAAACGGAUCUAAAGGAAAGGUUAUUGGUUGGGGAAAAACGGAAAUGACGGAAACAAGUUCUGUUUUAUUAAAAGCUAAUGUAUCAUAUAUUGAAAAAAAUGCUUGUCGUGAUAUGUAUGCCAAUGGAUUUCAAUCGUUAGUGACUAUUGAUAAAUUUUGCGCUGUUUCUGAAUUAGGACAAAAUAUUACUGAAAUAUUCAUUGGUUCAGGUUUAACACAUAAACAUGGUACUUUACAAUUUUUAACUGGAAUAGUGAGUGUCACGGAUCCAAACAUAAAUGAUUUAUUUGCUGUUUUUACGGACGUAAGUCACCAUAUUCAAUGGAUUCGCCGAUUCGUGAAAGACUUCUCCAAUGUAAGUGAAUACAUCGUGUUAUAUGUGAAUAUUAUAAUAUUCUUUGCCGCAAUAUUUUCGUCGUCAGCCAUGAAGUCAACGUAUACUUUUAUCCUGGUUAUAUAUUCACAUUUCGUAUUGGGAACGGUCGCUUUGUGUAACAAAGAAUUCAACAAACGUCAAGUCGAAUCAACUUGCUCAGAUGAAACGGAGUACACUUGUAAAUCCGGCCAAUGCAUUGAUAUAACAUCUAUUUGUGAUGGAUUACAAGAUUGCACUGAUGGAUCUGAUGAAACAGAAAUCUUAUGUGGAUCAACCACGUGUCCAAAAUACGCAUUCAAGUGCAAAUAUGGUGCUUGUAUAAAUAUAGAAAGUAAAUGUGAUGGUGUUAAUCAGUGUUUAGACGGUUCUGAUGAGGAACAAUGUACCGAUUUAGUUAUAGAAUCUGUCGAAAAUUCUGAAAACACUUCAAUAGAAGAAUCGACUGAUACAGAGUCAACUAUUGAAGAAUCGACAACUAUGGAACAGACUACUGAAUCGACAACUACAAAGCAGACUAGUAUAUCGACAACUACGCAACAAACUACUAUAUCGACAACUACAGCGUCGACAACCAUAGCAUUGCCAAGUAUAGCAUCGACAACUACAAAUACUUCAUCGUCUACAGUUAUUGCAUUAAACAGACCAAAAGAGUCGAUAGAAGAUUCUUCCAAUCAAAACAAAACUUGCGUGAUACCGACCAUCGAGGGAACCAAGUAUUUUUAUAAGGAUUUAAUUCAAAACGUUCCCGUAUCCAAUGGGGAUGUUGUUGAUCAGUACCGCAUAGUUGAAAUGGACUGUGUAGAAGGAUAUUAUAAGACUGUUCCGCACAAAUUUAUGGUUUGUUCGGAGUCUGGACAGUGGAUGCCAAAAUCAUCUGAAACAUUGUGUUCGAAAAAAUGUCCUCCUAUGGUGUCAGAUAAAUUAGAUAUUAAAUGUUCACUGAAUGGAAACAAUGUAAAUUGUUCAAUGCCAUCAGAACCUGGUACUAUAUUAACACAAUCAUGUAAAGUCAUAAAUUCAAAUAAUUUAUCAAGAGGACAAGAAGUAAUGAGUACUCCUAAUGAGUUGAUUUGUCUUCAAAACGCACAAUGGAAUGGUCAACUACUUGCCAAUUGUACAUCACAAGAAGAACUAAUCACAAAUAGAGUGAAAGAAUCAUCUGUAACAGCACCUUGGAAUGUGGAAAUAUAUAAAAUAAAUAACGAUGGUCAUUAUUACCGAAUAUGCGGAGGAACAUUAAUUGCUCCAAAUUUAGUUGUCUCUGCUGCUCAUUGUUUUUGGAAAAAGGGGUUAAGAAGGAAAAUUUUAUUGAAUGAAAACUUUAGUACUAAAAUUGCCGUCGGAAAAGAAACUACUAAUUUUUCUGUAAUAGACAAUAAAUAUACACAGUUUAUAGAUAUCAAAUCAAUUUAUUUGAAGGAAAGUUAUGAUGGCCCGUUUGGAAUGUAUGCUGAUGACAUUUCUGUAAUUGUGUUGGCAACCAAUAUCGCCAUCAGUAAUGGUGUUUGGCCGGCUUCUAUCGAUUGGUCAACAACAAAUUUGCUUUCCAAUGGAGAUUUAGGAAAGAUGUUUGGCUUAGGAAUUAAUUCUAAUAUGACUGGUAUGGGACAAGAUAAAUCGAUAUUAAAAUUAUUUAUUUUACCAUAUAUUGACCGCGAGACGUGUCAGAAAAUGUACACAAAUGGAUUUCAAUAUUACGUGACCAGAGAUAAAUUUUGCACUGAUUAUAAAUCAGUUGCAGGAGAAAAACAUCUUACAGGAUUUGGUGGUUCGGGUUUAAUUUAUGAAUCUUAUAACCACGUACCAUUUUUAACUGGAGUACUAAGUAUCAAGGAUUUACAUUCAAAUAAACCAGUAGCUGUAUUCACAAGCAUAGCACAUCACGUACAAUGGAUUUGUCAUAUUUAUUUAAAUCAUGUUAGUAUAGUUUAAUAAUAAUAAUUGUAAGUGUAUAUAGUAUAGGUAUAGAAAUAAGUUAAAAACUAAUUGGUCCAAGGAAAUAUUUACAGUUGAAAAGGUUUUUAAGUCAGAUGUUGUUUAUUAUAAAAUUAAGGAUAUAAAUUCAACUAUUUAUGAAAAAGAUUUACAACUAUCAUUAUUAUAAAUUAAAAUAAAUAUAUUAUUGUUCUGUACAAUAACCUAACAUUUUAUAUUAUUAUAAAUUAAUCUAUAUUUAAAUGGAAUCGUAUUUAGAAAAGAAUAUGUUAGUUUUUAGAAAAAGUUACAAUUAUUAUUCAAAAGUCAAUUUGUGUUUGCUAGGUUUAAAAUUAUUUUUAAGUACAAUAUUGGUCCAA